GACGAUGGGGCAGUGCGCGUGCUUCGGGGCGGCGCAGGCGGCGAAGGAGCAGCGGGCGGAGGCCGACCGCCUCGAGGCGCAGGACGCCCGCGCCAGGGCCGCCGAGGCCGCCCAGAAGAGACAGCAGGAAUACGAGAAGUCAGCUGCUGGAAGAGCUGCACGAGCACAGAUAAAGGCUAUGAAGGAGUCUAAGACAUCAAACCAAGGAAACCAAGGAGAGCCAGUUCUGAAGUGGCAGAUGGGAUAAAAUCUUCAUGUGUCGAUUUGCAUCCCCCAGAAUGUAAGUUAUUGAUGGUGAACAAAGGCUUUUUAUCUUCUGAUUAUGAGAUGCAGUUUGGUCAGUUAACUCAUUUGUGAUGUUUGUUAGUGAAGUGUACAUCCUUUUAGUCAUCUUCUACGUUCUUUUCAGAGAUUGCUAUGUACUGCACUACUGUCCAGUUCCUCUUCUACAAGUGUUUUGUGUUACUGUAGAUUGGAUAGACAGCGGUGGUUGUCUGACAAAGUAGGUAUUUGUACUAGCUGUUGGGGGCAUGAUACCUGUAAACAUUCCAGUGAUUCAUACGAGAUAUCAGCAGCAUAGUUUCAUGUUCUACAAAGGAAACCUUUGAGAAACAUCAUCAGACCACAAAUUAAUUUCGAACAAAGGUUUAGUGA